CGUAAAAUAGUUCAACGAAAGCUGCAUGACAGAAAUUCUUUGGAAAUAGAUUUCGGCCGUUAGUUAAGUUUCAUGACUCAACUAGUCUGUCAAGUGGCCAAGAGUGAAAGAGUCACUUCGUGACCAAUUGAUAUUUUAUCAUGCACUAUCAUCAGUAUCACGAAAUCUUAACUGCGGGUAAAUUAAAGACGAACAGCUGCAUGCGUGACAUGUUGAAUUACUUAAACACAAUUCAUGUAUUUGGUCACCAGCACCUUGACACUGAAACAAAUUCAGUCUGUAAAAUCCUUCUGUAUUCAAAGUUUACAGUGGCAAGAAAGAAAGGCGAAGAACUGAGAUCUUGCAGAAACCAGUCAUGCUGACAGAGAUACUUGAAUUUUGUCUAUGUGUUUUUCUUCUUCUUUUUAUUUAUGCUGAGCUGAAGCAGGGUAAAGAUUCCUUGGAUAUUCCAGGGCCUACAGCGUUGCCUUUCAUUGGCAAUCUUCUUCAAAUUCACGGAAAACCUUUGCACAGCUGUUUUCAUAAUCUUGCUCGUACAUAUGGCAAUAUUUUCAGGAUUUUCAUAGGAAGACAGCGAGUUGUCGUCCUAAGUGGUCGAGCCAUAAAAGUUGCUUUAGUGAGACAGCCGACGGCUUUUGCCGGAAGGCCUUCGUUUUCUGAAAUGGGAGUCAAAUUUUCGCAUCCACCAUCACUCGUAAUGGCAGACUAUGGAAGAAAAUGGCGUCUUUUCCGAAGAAUGGGCCACUCGGCUCUCAAAGUAUACGGAGAAAAUACCCUUCAGUAUAUUAUUUGCACAGAGAUUAAAGACCUUUGCAGAAGACUAGAAAACUUUAAUGGGAAGGCUGUGCACAUAAAUAAAGAAAUUGGGAUGUCGCUUACUAAUGUUAUUUGUACACAGAUUCUUGGUUCUAGAUAUGAAGUGGAUGAUCCAGAAUUUUUGAGAGUUUAUAGCCUAAAUGAAACGAUAACGAAUACUAAUGUAGUUCGUUCUGUCACGGAUGUCUUUCCUUUACUUUGUCACUUCAUGAAAGUCAAGGUCAAUAAUUUGGACGAUGAAAUAAGGUCUUCAGAAUGUGAAAGAUUUGAGCUGUUAAAACUAAAAUACCAACAACAUCAAGAAACCUUUGAUGAAAAUGUCACCAGAGACUACACAGAUGCGUUGAUUCGAGCCAAAAUCGCCGCAGAAAAAGAAGACAAUUUGAAUAAAAAAUUCCUGACAGAUGACAAUAUUAUCAGCAGUUUGACGUCGAUAUUCACCGCGGGUUCUGAGACCACAGCCACUACUUUAUGCUGGGCGAUAAUCUUUCUUCUCCAUUUCCCAGAAAUCCAAAAUCUUCUCCAGGAAGAGAUCGAUGAUAUCAUUGGAGGAGAUGAUACGCCAAAGCUGUCCAAUAAAAAAGAGUUGCCAUUGUUGGAAGCCUUUACGUCCGAGGUCCUCAGAAUGACUUACGUAACACCCCUGGCUAUACCACAUAAGACAACCCAAGGGACGUUAUUUGAAGGGUACCAUAUUUCUAAGGAUACCAUGGUCAUAGUCAAUUUAUGGUCCUUGCACCACGAUGCAUCAAUCUGGAAGGACCCUUUCAAGUUUGAUCCAAAGAGGUUCCUCGAUGAAGAAGGAAAGUACGCUCCCCCACCAGGUGGGGAUUUGCUUCCGUUCAGCGCAGGUCCCCGUGGGUGCAUGGGUGAAGUGCUGGCUCGAACAGAACUCUUUCUAUUUCUGUCGCAUCUUUUGCAGCGGUUCAAGUUUGAGACAAUCUCGGGCUGUGAGCCUCCGUCUCUUGAUGGCCUGGGUAGUGGGACAAUUAUCCACUCUCCUGAUUGUAGAAUUAUUGUUAAAUUACGAUAAUCCUUCGAGACCGAUUGAGAAGUGACCGCCAAAUCAGGUGGUAGGCUGCUUAAUAGAAAUAUGUUAGUGCAAAAACCCUCUUUAGGACAUUAAAAACUGGUCGCUAAAUAGAGGUUGGUCGCUUAAUAGAGGUAUAAAUUAGUGUGAAAAACCCCUAUUAGCUAUAUGGGAGAUUGACAACUGGUCGCUAAAUAGAGGUUGGUCGCUUAAUAGAGGCAUAAAUUAGUGUGAAAACCCCCUAUGGGAGAUUGACAACUGGUCGCUAAAAAGAGGCUGGACGCUUGAUAGAGGUUCUACUGUAUCUAUCUGUUUCUUAGACUAUGGACUCCAAAAAUUCAAAAACAAGAACAACGUUCCUAUCCUUC